AGGUGUGUGGAACGAGUCUGUUUACUUCUUCUACUAGCCAACCAGGGGAGGGCUACGGCGCGUCUGAUUCUGUCAACAUGUGCUCCAUACUUGCUGCCUACAUAUUAGGAUAUGAUAUCAAAGUUGGGGUCGGCGGGAUGGGUGCCGUAAGUAAUUUCUAGUGAUUUAAGUUUGACUGCACAAUCAAAGUCAAGCGAAUGUGUCAGUUAGUUUAUUGGCAGACACGCCCAGUCACUGCAUGCUUCUGCAGUCACUAGUUCGUGCUUUUAGUAGUAAAUGCAGUUCGCAAGACGGAGGUUUGUUCCUUUCCGUUGGUGUUGGCGCUGUGAGAUGACCUCAGUCCUAGUGGCCAUCGAGAUGCUGGAGAAGAUGCUGGAUGACAAUGGCUUCAUCUGGUCGCCUCUUAGAUUAAUUGGGCCUCAACCCUGGGUACCGAUAUUCAACAUUUCCAGUCGUUUCGUCGCCAUCCAGGUACUAAUAUUUGCAAUGUUGUUUUGUGCAUCGAAUGUACUGCUUAUCUUCGCUGCCGUAAGGUCCAAUCGCUUGUUGGGAAUUCCCUUUCUCGCCAUUUACCCUUGCAAGAUCGUUUACUCAAUGGUGGUGUACUCUGCUCUCUACUCACCAAUGUACACGCACCUAGAUGCAGUCGUAACCUUUACGGAUGUCGGUGUCGACAUCAUGAUCUACGUGGCGGUGGCAAUGAGCCUGAGUAAGUGGGUCCAGCGGAGGUACCCCACGCCAGACUCCGGCGAGCGGGAGCCCAUCCUUACUGAACCGGCCUGAAAGAGUUCCUUGCUACAGGGCCAUCUGUAAACUACAUUUCUCAGCUUGAUACUGGUUGUACAGCGGAAAUACAGUGACUGUAAUUUGUUGUAACAGUUGUACAAAAGUGCAGUGUACAACUGAUAUCUUUUCUGUAACGAUUCGAAAUACAGAGCGCUUAGUAGAUUGCAAAA